CCGCCGCAGGCCGAGGCCAGGUCCGGGCGCGCCGCCGCCGCGCCGCCGUCGCCAGCGCCGUCCCCGCUCGCGGUCCUGCGGCGACCCGCCCACCUCAGCGCCGAGGGCGCGUGGCGGCGGCCCGCCGCGCCGGCGUCGUGGGCGUCGGCCGUCGCCGGCGCGGCGCCGGCGCCGGCCGCGGGGGCGAGAGCGACGCAACCUUCGUGGGCGGCGCUCGCGCGCGCGCCGCCGCCGCCGCACAAGCCAGCGCCCCAGCAGACGCCCAACGCCUGGACGCAGAAGCCGCGCGGCGCGCUCGCGCGCGGCUUCGCGGCGCUGCGAGAGAGGAGCGAGGCCGAGGCCGCCGCGGUCGCGCGCGCCGAGGCGGCCGCGUCGGAGACGUCGUGCGCGAGCGCGCCCACCGCCGAGACGCCGCACGCGCGCUUGGACGACCCGCCGUCCGCCGCGGUCUCGGACGCGUCGGACGCCGCCGGCGCCGACGACGACCGCGCCGCGCUCGCCAAGGCGCCGCGCGCCGCCGCGUGGGGCGGCGAGCUGCCGGCGAGCCUCCGCCUCGCGCGCGCGCCGCCGCGGGCCGGGGCCGCCGGCGCCCCCGCGCGCGCGGGCGCGGCGCCGGCGCCGGCCCCGCGGCCGGCGCGGCCGGCGCCGGCGCGGCGCGUCGCGGCCAUGUACCACGCGGGCCCCGCGCUGCCCCAGCUCGACGAGGCGGGCGACGACCCGCACCGCGCGCCGCGCGAGGCGGCGGACGCCGCCGCGACCGCCGCGCGCCGCGCGGCGGUCGGGCGCGCGACCGAGGCCGAGCGGCGGCGGCGCAUCGCCGAGGACGCCGCGGGCGACGGCCGCGACCCGCGCGCGCGGCGCGACCGCGCGCGCCUGCUCGAGGACGAGUACGCGCGGCGCGCGGCCGAGCACGAGCGCCGCGUCCGCGCGCACGAGCGCCGCGUCCGCGCCAUGCGCGCGCGCCUCGCGCACGACGUCAACGACUUCGUCGCCUGCCUCGAGCGCGCCAUGGUGCACCAGCGCCGCGCGCGGACGGCCGUGCUCGACUCCGUCUCCGAGACGGCGCGCGGCAUCUGGGCGCACGCCGAGUGCUCGCUCUACGGCUCGUGCCUCACGGGCCUGGACCUGCCCAGCUCCGACGUCGACGUCGUCGUCCGCGGCCUCAACUGCGACCCGACGCCCAACCCGCCCGCGGGCGCGCCCGGCGCGCCGGCCGCCGCGGACGCCGCGCGCGCGCCGGCCGCAGGCGGCGCCGCCGCGCGGCCGGCGACGCCGCCGGCGACGCCGCCGGCGACGCCGGAGCGCGCGGCGUCCGCGCCGGCGUCCCCGGCGGCGGCCGACGACCGGCCGCGCGCGCCCAGCCGCCGCGGCGCGGACGCGGCCGGCGGCGGCGGCGGCGGCGGCGGCGGGCCCGGGUCCGCGCCGGCGUCGCCGCGUCGGUCCCCCGCGCGCCCGGGCCCGUCGCCGCGCCGCGCGCCGGCGGCCGCGCCCGGGCCGCACGCCGGCGUCGUCCGGUGCGUGCAGACGCUCGCCGCGGCGCUCGGCUCGCAGCCGUGGGUCCGCGAGAUCAAGGCCAUCGAGACGGCGUCGAUUCCCGUGAUCAAGCUGCUCGCCGACCCCGCGGUCCUCGGGUGCCCGCUGCCCGAGUUUCGCCGGACGCGGCCGCGCGCGCGCUCGGAGGACGCCGCGCGCGCGCUCGCCGAGACCGACGCGCCCGACCUGCCGCCGCCGCCGCCGCCGCCGCAGAGGCCCCGGGCCGCGCCGACCGCCGCCGCCGCGACGCCGCCGUCGUCGACUCCAGCCCCGCCGACGUGGUGCGGCGCGGUCGGGCGCUGCGACGCGGGCCUGCUCGCGGUCGACAUCAGCUUCGAGGCGCCGAACCACGGCGGCCUCGCGUCGUCGCGCUACGCGCUCGAGGCCAUGGGGCGCUGGCCGGAGCUCGCGCCGCUCCUCCUCGUGUUGAAGGAGCUCCUCUGCCAGCGGGGCCUCAACGAGCCCUUCACGGGCGGCCUGAGCAGCUACUCGCUGCUCCUCCUCGCGAUGACGGCGCUGCUCCAGGCCGGCGUCGACCCGCUCGAGGCGCCGCUGCCCCGGCCGCAGCAUCACACGCCGCUC